CAUUAACAUUCACAGGGCGCUUCUCUUCCCUCUCUUGCUCGAGCUUUUUAGCCUUUGGUUUCUACGGGUAACCUCAUUCUCUUCCCCCGAAAACUAUUUCUUUCUUCUCAGAGACAAAGAGAGAAAGAGAUUAGAGAGAGAGAGAGAGAGAGAGAUCCAAAGUAGAAGCAACCUUGUCCGUUUACUUCCUCUCUCGUGUGAAAGAUUCGUUAUCCCUUUUCUCUUUCGGAAAACUCAGGGCGGCGAUCCACUCUCCUCCGUCGCUUCUAUAAAUCAAAAAGAGAUGAAGAGGGUUAGAGAAGAGGUCUACGUUGAAACAAAUGGUAAGCCUCUAACGAUUGGUGGAGGAGGAAACACGGGAGGGCUGACAACAGGUGAUGCCUUGAGCUACCUCAAAGCUGUCAAAGAUAUGUUUCAGGAAAAGAAAGACAAGUAUGACACUUUCCUUGAAGUCAUGAAGGACUUUAAAGCUCAGAGAGUUGACACAAGUGGUGUCAUAGCGAGAGUAAGAGUGUUGUUCAAGGGCUAUGAUGACUUGCUUUUGGGUUUUAAUACCUUCUUGCCCAAGGGGUACAAGAUAACCCUUCCGGAGAAGAAAACAGUUGAUUUUGGAGAAGCUAUUGAGUUUGUUAACAAGAUCAAGGCGCGGUUUGGGAGUGAUGACCGUGCAUAUAAAAAGUUUCUAGACAUCUUGAACAUGUAUAGAAAGGAAAGCAAGUCCAUCUCUGAUGUUUAUCAAGAGGUUACUCUGUUGUUCCAGGACCAUGAAGAUCUGCUUGCGGAGUUUGCCCAUUUCUUACCUGAUAAUUCAGGAUCAGGUUCUGCUCAUUACCCUCUGUCCGGAAGGAACGCAGUACCAGGUGCUCCAGUUCCUGCCAUGCAUCCAAGGAAUUUUGAGAAGAGAAUAAAAAUACGGAAUGAGUAUACUGAACACUCGGAUCAACGAGAAGAUGGUGACGAGAACCUUGUGGCUUGCUCUGCUGGUCAAUGGCCAGGAUACCUGAAGGUAGGGGACAAAGAGGGUAUUCAAGAUUAUGAAAAUGGCAGUAAAGACAAUGGAAGUCACAAAAUUCUACCAUCUACCAGCAACCAUGUGGCCAAGGGUAUUAAUGAACUGGAUCUUUCUGAGUGUGCACAAUGUUCUCCAAGUUAUCGUCUCCUUCCAGAUGAUUAUCUUAUUCAGAUCCCAAGCUACAGAAAUACACUAGGUGAAAAGGUACUUAACGAUCACUGGGUGUCUGUCACAUCGGGGAGUGAGGACUACUCAUUCAAACACAUGCGUAAAAACCAGUAUGAAGAAAGCUUGUUUCGAUGCGAGGAUGACAGGUUUGAGUUGGACAUGUUAUUAGAGUCUGUGAAUGCAGCCAUUACGCGUGUGGAAGCUCUUCUGGAGAAGAUCAACAACAACACAAUCUCUAUAGAGACACCAAUUUGUAUCAAAGAACACUUAUCAGAGCUGAACCUAAGAUGCAUUGAGCGGUUGUACGGGGAUUAUGGGCUUGACGUCAUGGAUUUUCUGAAGAAGAAUUCUCAUAUCGCCUUACCGGUGAUACUAACUCGCUUGAAGCAGAAGCAAGAAGAAUGGGCUAGGUGUCGCUCUGAUUUCAGGAAAGUAUGGGCUGAAGUAUAUGCUAAGAACCAUCACAAGUCACUAGAUCACCGAAGCUUCUAUUUCAAGCAGCAGGACUCCAAGAAUCUGAGCACAAAAGGUUUAGUGGUAGAGAUAAAAGAUAUCAGUGACAGAAAGCAUAAAGAAGAUCCUCUUCAUGCCACUGCUGUGGGAACUAAGCCCUCUUUCACUCCAGAUGUGGAGUUUAGUUACACCGAUACACAAGUUCAUGCUGACCUUUAUCAACUAAUCAAGUAUUAUUGUGAAGAGAUAUGUGCCACGGAACAGUCGGAUAAAGUAAAGAAGCUGUGGGUAACCUUUUUGGAGCCCAUGUUUGGCGUUCCUUCUAGGUCUCAAACUGAUGAGACAGUGAUAGAUGUUGCAAAGUCCAAAGACAACCAAGAGCAGCGUGAGGCAGUGAAAGACAACACCCGUGACAGUUCUCCUGUCUCAAACCUUAAACCGCUAACACCUCCAAAAACACCCAAUAAAGAAAGUCCAACAAUAGGAAGCUCUUUUGCGCAAGAUAAACUGCAUGCUGGUGCAGCGAUGAAUACCGAGCAUAAGGUUGAGCGAGAAGAGGGUGAGUUAUCUCCCACCGAAAGUUUUGAGCAUGACAACUCUGAGGUUUAUAGAGACAAUGGCGUCGAGUCUGUGCAGAAACUGCCAGACAAUGUAAGAAGUAAUACUUCCCCUGAAGAUGAUGGAAGUAAAACUACUCUAGAGUUAAUAGAAGCGAAUGAAAACGCCUCUAAAGAUAUUGCUUCAGGAAGCAAGUUUUGUGGCCAAGUUUCUUUAGAUGAAGAGCAUAAAAGAGCUAUGAAGUGUGACCAGCUUGGUGAAUCCUUUUCCAGAUUUUCAGAACGGUCUCUGCAACCUGUAAAGCCCCUUGCAAAGCAUGUUCCUGUGGCACUACAUGACUCCCCCAAUGAUUCUCGAGUUUUCUAUGGGAAUGAUUCAUUUUAUGUUCUUUUCAGGCUUCAUCAAAUGUUGUACGAGAGAAUACUAUCUGCAAAGAUACAUUCAGAGAGGAAAUGGAAAGCUCCAGAUCCAGAUAACACAUCUCCUGAUUCUUAUACCAGGUUCAUGGAUGCCCUCUAUAAUUUACUUGAUGGCUCGAGUGAUAACACAAAGUUUGAAGAUGAAUGCCGAGCUAUUAUUGGAGCACAAUCAUAUAUUCUCUUCACAUUGGACAAGCUAGUUCAGAAGUUUGUCAAGCAUCUUCAUGCAGUUGCAGCUGAUGAGACAGACACCAGGCUACUGCAGCUACAAACAUACGAGAAGUACAGAAAACCAGGAAGAUUCUUUGAGAUAGUGUACCAUGAGAACGCCAGAGCCCUUCUACAUGAUCAGAACAUAUACAGGAUUGAAUAUUCAUCUGCACAGACCCGUCUGGCGAUUCAACUUAUGAACAGCGGGAAUGACCAGCCUGAAGUUACAGCUGUAGCAGUGGAACCAGGUUUUGCUAAUUAUUUUCAGAAUGAGUUUCUUUCGCUUGUACCUGAUGAAGAAAAGCCUGGUCUAUUUCUUAAGAGGAACAAGGCGAAAAUGAGCGGUCCAGAUGAAUCUUCAGGGAUGUCGCGUGCCAUGGAAGGAUUGAAGAUUAUCAACGAGGUUGAAUGUAAGAUGUGUUGCAGUUCUUCCAAGGUCAAGUAUGAACCAAAUACAUCAGAUCUUUUGUAUAGAAGCAAGCAGAAGAAACCAAAACUGAAUCCAAAUGGGCUUGACAAUGAUAAAACUACUCCUGGUAGCAGUGAAGUCUGGAGAAAAACCAGAAUAUCACGUUUCCACACAAGUCUUAACCGUAAACGUGUUGCCUUACCUUAAAAACGCGGCUCCAGGCACGUGUGAAUGUUCUUGGCUGAGAUAUACAACCAAAGCAUCAGUAAGUGGUGGUAGAGACUAGAGACAAAACUGUCUUUUGACAAGAUUCUUGCAUAAUUUUGGCUCAAAAGAGUGUUGCGUGAGAACCGUUUAUUUUCCUAAAUUGCGUCUGGAGAUGCCAAUUUUGGUGUAGUGUUAGAUUUAUAUAUGUACCACCAGACAAUGCUCGUGUCUGAGAUUUUUAAUUCAUUUAUUCAAAUAAAUUUU